UUGAUUCCAUAAAAACACAGUGACAUCAGGCUUGAGUUGGUUGGGAUGACUUGUAAGAACACAUGGACCCCCUUCCCUCCACUGCCUGCCAUAUGUUGGGAUAAAUUGGCAGACAGGUCUCAUGUUCCCAACAGUCCCCUCUCAGGUGUAUGGCUACCUAAGGGAGGCCAGUCACAGGGGCUGGGCUGAUAGUGUACUUGUCUGUCACUAAGUCAAACAUUUCGAAUGCACCCUUGUGCUGUGGGCAGGUGGGCAGGAAGCAGGCAAAAUUUACCCUGAAGGAGCCAUGAGCAACUUUUUUUUUUUUUUUCCGGAGCUGGGGAUCGAACCCAGGGCCUUGCGCUUGCUAGGCAAGCGCUCUACUGCUGAGCUAAAUCCCCAACCCCCACGAGCAACUCUCUACUGACGGUUUCCCCACAUCUAAGAGGGAAUUCCUGACCUCAAAAGUGUCAGUGGACCCUCCAAUCUUGGGUCUGUGAUUUGGAGCUGGAAAAAGUUUCUGGCUCUGGCCACACUCUUGGCCAGCAGAUCAUUAUGCUCCAGACGGACCAGAGCCCUAUGCAGGCAGCCAGAUCUGACUCUCUUUAUCUUGGAUGGAGUUAGGAGACUCGGGGCUGGAUAUGAGAACAGGGACACAGAGGAGCCUAUGUCCUCAAGAGGGCCGGCCCCUCUGUGGUGCCUUGGAGGCUGAGAAUCUAGAGGCUGGGAGAUGCAUACUCUGUAGGAACCGAGGCUGUGCUGCCUUCUCUCUACAAUGGGAGAGGAGAAGCUGGGUGUGGACAGCUCGGUCCUACUCUGUCCCUACUAUGUUCUGUGUCACUGGACUUGUCCCUUGCUGCCAAGGCUGGGUGUAGCCUUCAUGUGAGACAAAUGAAGUGACAGCCCCUCCCUGUGGUAUGUAACAGGAUCAGGUGAGGAGCCCGUAUCCUUCUCCUUCCUGUCCUGCAGCAGGUGUAAGGCCAUCUCUACCCAACCCCAUUCUGGAAGGCCCAGGGCUGGGCAGGGGGACAGGGUGGUCCUGCCUCUGCUGUGGGAAGACACCAUGGCCCUGGGGCCCUACUGUGGCUUCCUACUGCUUCUGGCUGUUCCUGGUAUCUCCUGCGAAGCUUUACAGUCAGGGUGUGGCCAGCCCCAGGUUUCACAUGCAGGAAGUCGAAUCGUGGGAGGGCACGCUGCCCAAGCUGGUGCAUGGCCGUGGCAGGCUAGCCUCCGUCUGCAGAAGGUGCAUGUGUGUGGAGGAUCCCUGCUCAGUCCAGAAUGGGUACUCACAGCAGCCCACUGCUUCUCUGGGUCUGUGAACUCGUCGGAUUAUGAGGUGCACUUGGGGGAGCUGACGAUCACACUGUCUCCUCAUUUCUCCACCGUAAAGCAAAUUAUCAUGUACUCUAGUGCCCCAGGACCACCGGGGUCCAGUGGAGACAUUGCCCUGGUGCAGCUGGCCACCCCGGUGGCUCUUUCCAGCCAGGUCCAGCCUGUGUGCCUUCCAGAGGCCUCAGCCGACUUCCACCCUGGGAUGCAGUGUUGGGUGACAGGCUGGGGCUAUACACAGGAGGGAGAGCCUCUGAAACCCCCAUACAAUCUUCAGGAGGCCAAGGUCUCUGUGGUGGAUGUAGAGACCUGCAGCCAGGCUUACAGCAGCUCCAACGGCAGCCUCAUUCAGUCAGACAUGCUAUGCGCCUGGGGCCCUGGGGAUGCCUGCCAGGAUGACUCUGGAGGGCCACUAGUCUGCCGGGUGGCUGGGAUCUGGCAGCAGGCUGGUGUUGUCAGCUGGGGUGAGGGCUGUGGCCGCCCUGACCGCCCUGGCGUCUAUGCUCGGGUUACUGCCUAUGUAAACUGGAUCCACCGCCACAUCCUGGAACCAGGGGGCUCAGGAAUGCAAGGGCUCUCCUGGAUUCCCCUCCUGGCUGGCCUCUUCUUGCCAAGUCUCUUCCUGCUGCUGGUCUCUGGAGUCGUGAUGGCCAAGUACUGGCUGGGCUCUCCCUCCCACCCAGCCUUGGAGUUCUGACUGAGGUGCCGCAACCCAAGUGUCUUUCUUAAAUAAGUUAGUGUUUAUUCAGAUUUGCCUUGCCCCUCCCCUCCCCUCCCCUCAGCUUUGACUUAGGAAGCCAAGUUUUCUGCAUCAGAUUAUUGCAACAUUUAACCUGAAUUUGUAGAAACGGAUGACAUAAAGCAAAUGGAUGUCAAAUGAAUGUUGAGCCCAACAGCCUGGAAUGGAUGGGAAGCCCCACCUCAGUUGGGACUGCAAUGUCUUAUUGCAUGGGUCAGUACUUCCCAGGGUCACUGCAAAGUUCUAGACCAUCUAAGGGGAUGGAAUGGGGGAGGGGCACUGUGAGAGGGAAGGAUGCCGAGUGGUGGACAGAAACAGGACUGUGAACGAAGGUGAUAUUGGGUGCGGUGGCUGCAGGACCCAAUGUACACAGGCUCAAGCCUGUACUCCCUGUCGGAAACCUGUGUGUCACAUGGAUGGAGCUGUGGUGCCCUCCUGCCUGUGAGGAAUUACUGGUCCUUCCCAGGACACAGCCUCUCCUCCUGAGACUGAUGACCUGGUCCUGGUACAGCUUCUGGUGGUGGUUAAAACUCAGGAAAACCCAAACCUGAAUCACCACGAGGGAGGCUCGUGGGGCCCGAGGCUGCUCCUGUGUCAUGGUGCAGAGACGGGAUGUCUGCUGCCUCUCCUGGGAUGGUUAUCUCCCGGUCCCUCUGCCUUAGUGGGGCCUAAGCCAGGGUCCACUCAUGGCCCUACCACCCUGCAGGGAGCCAACAACCUCAAUGCCAAAGCCCUGUGGACACGCAGCCCCAUCUACACAGGCUCAUCUCCACUGUCAUCUGGGGCAGGAGUGGCUGGGGUAGACCCUGGUUUCUUCAAGGGGGUCUGGGGCACAGUGAGGUACAGUCCUUGUUCCUUCUCUGGGCAGUCACCAGAGGGCAUAGAAAGUUCAGUUUCUAGUAUCAGAGGCACUAUAGCCCCCAAAGAGGAAACUCUGGGUUCUGGGGUCACACU